AUGGCAGACGAAAUACAAGCUUGGCAAGGCCUGCCCAGCCAUGGACAGCAAUGCGAACCUCCACUGGUACAUGGCAAACUGGUGUCGAUCUAUCUGAGCUCUCUUCGACUCGAUGAAGUCGGUCCAACUUACCGUACUGGAAUGAAUGCGCGGCCAAGUAACCCGCUUUCUAAGGGGGCCGUUUCGACCAGGUCUCUAUCCACAAAACUCGCUUCUGGAAGCACCGCCUACCAACUCCAAGACUCCAAGAGAAGGGAUAAGCUCCGUUCCCCCGUCUAG